AUAGUUAUUUUUGAAUUGAUUAAAUUGCUUACCACAUAUGUUACGUGGUCACUCGAAAUAAUUCUUUGCUUGUCCAAGGAGCAAAUCCUGAAGGCCGUAUCCCACCCAGGAUUAGCAAAAGAGAACGCGCGUGCCGAUUCCGCCUGACUUUAUGCUUAUGGAAGGUUUGUAAUUGCUUGAGACCGUGAAGAUCUCAAUCCGGAAACCUCGAUAUUACUAGUUUCAUAAAAAAGAUCUGAGCUUGUCGUCUCGAAAGAAAAUAAAAGGACCUUACUAAAAAAUAAAAAAAAUAAAAGGACCUGGCUGUUAACUGUACUAAAAGGGCAGGUCGCACUUGAUGCCUUGCUUGCUGUAGCAGAAGAUGCAAAGCGCCAUGCAAGCACAGGCCAUGGUGCUACUAGACGCCUCCAUCGAGCUGAGCGAUCUAACAAGCGCAUGGAGUCCUCGCUCUGCACAGCAUCGCGCGCCAGCGCCACGGUGACCGGAGCGGGUGCCGGCAUGCGGCGCCGCCGCGCCCCGGCCCGUGCCGGCACGUCGGGACGAUGGUGGCCUCACGCUCUGCGCGCCCAGGCGAGCGCGACAGAGCCGUUGCACCUGGCACCGGCGAAGGGACGACAGCCGGCGCUGCCCUGGACCGCGCUGAGGGUGGGCGCCGGCGUCGCGCUCGCGCUGGCCCUGGGCGGCGCCUCGUGGUCAGCGCGCGGCGGCGGCGGCGGCGCCGUCCUCGUGCAGCCUGCCAUGGUGUACACGCUCAACGCCGUCACGGACGGAACGGAGCGGGGCGGCACCCCGGCGGCGGCGGUGAGGACGAGCGUGGGCGCGCUCUCGGACUCGCGGUUCCGGCGCGAGGACGCGCCCAGGGAGCACGCCACGCUCAUGGACCUCGUCUUCGAGCAAGUCACCAAGGAGCACAUCGGCGACAGGGGGAAGCUGACGAGCCUGCUGCAGAAGGAGUGGGCGGCGUCGCGCGACUCGGAGAGAAAGCUCGACCUCGGCUUGCUGCUCGCCGAUGUGCUCAUCAAUCAGAGAGAAUGGCAGAGGGCCAAGGAAGUCUGCCAGCAGCUGACUGGCCGCUACCAACGCGACCCGAGGCCAUAUUUACAUCUGGCUGUGGUGAACAUGAUGAUGGCGGUGGAGACCAUGCUAUCCCCGGAGACGGCCACCGCCGACGACAUUGAGAAGAUGUCCAAGAAUGCCAUGGACGCCUGGAAAGAAUUCAAGAACAAGUACGAGCUGGCCAAGGGAACAACGGAGUCCAGCACCUGACCACCUGAUGCGUGCACUACUGACAUUUCUUCUGAAGAAUCUUUGUGUCUUGCUUGCCUGAAGCCUGAAGGCAAAUGUUUGUGUUGAGUGCUGACCACUCUUGUGAUGCAUCUUUGUGCCUUGCCAGCGUAGUUGCGCGUGUAGUUGAUUCAGUGUCCGUGAGUUCAUGUAAUCAUGAAGUCUUAUCUCUUUGUGUGCUUGUGUUUACCAAGUUUCCCCUCUGUCAUAUUGACCAACAGUGCAAUCUUCAGACCCUACAGGAAGUAUGAAAUGCUACAUAUGCAUA